UACUAACGGUAUCGACUCAACCCGGUUCAGCCUCUUUUGUGCACUUCCCGGAAGGAAGGAAGCCCAUGGAGGAGAUCGGAGGAGAGAUAGAGACGGCGAAGAAGAGAUGCGAAUCCGUCAUUAACACUAUCAACCACCUCCCUUCUUCAUCAUCAACUCCCAUCAUCCCUUCUUGCCUCACCACACUCCUCAAGCUCGCCUCCUCCGAGCUCUCCUUCCUCUCAUCAUCCCUCGCUUCUCCUCCACAUCCUCCUCCUCCUCCUCUCAGUGUCAACAUCGGCCACAUCGAGUCAGUCCUGUGGAUCCUACGCCGUCCUUCGAUCACCGCCGUCUCGCGCGUCUGCAAGCCGCUUCCUAUCGCCAAUAGCGUCCACGUCGAUCUCGUGUGUACUCUCGGAAAGGCUCCCGUUUGGAUCGUCGUCUCCGAUAGAAACCCUAAUUACAUCUACUGGAGCGAAAACAAGGGUUUGAAAUCGAGAAUCGAAACGGUUCUCGCCGCCGCUCGCUCCACGACGGCUCUUAAACCUGCUUCGUUGAUUCUCUUCUUCGCAAAUGGUCUGCCUUUACCGGUAUACGAGAAGUUAAAAGAGCAAUUCGGAGCUAAAGAUUUCGACUUUGGCUCUGAUUCGGGUUUUGAUUUUUGCGAGGAGGGAGAAUGGGUUAAUGUCGUUCGGACAAGAUCUUAUAAAGAAGCAUUAUCUGUCGAGAUCGAGAUCAUAGAUGGUUGUCACGACUCUCUUGCGUUUGAUGAGCAUGUUGUUGUAGCUGAAGCAGAGGUUGCAGAGGUUGUUAGUGAGAAAGAUGAUGCUUUCUCAUCUGUGCUGUCUUCCAUGAGAUUGAAAGGUGAAGACUUUCUUGUGAACUUCGACACGACAGCUCUUGUGGCUCUCGUGUCUGGGAUCGCUAACGGAUGUGCAGAGAGGUUAUUGGAGAUGGAUGAGAGCGUGUUGGAGGAAAGGUUCAAAGGGAAUACUGUCUUCGUGAUUGCUCAGGCAAGAUCUGAAGUUGAGAACUCGGUUCUUGAUAGAAUGAGAGAUGUGUUGUCAGGGAAGCGAGGGAUUGUAUGUGAGAGUGUUGUUUCAGAGUUUAAUGAGCUGGUGUCUAUGUAUGCUGGACACAGUGAGAAGCAAAGAGCUGAGCAGUUGUUGAAGAGACUAAUAGUGGUGAAUGACAAUCCUACAGAGCGUGUGAUGGGACUCCCAACAACGAGGAAGUUAGCAAUGAAGAACAAGAUUGUGUUUGGGACAGGUGAUAGAUGGGGAGCUCCUACGUUGACUGCAAACAUGGGGUUUGUCAGAGCCGUGGCUCAGUUUGCCAUGUCUCUCUCCACCAUAGAACAUAGCCCCCGGGCUCUCACUGGUGAUUAGCCGAAGUUCAGUUUCUCCUUAUUCUGUAGUUCGUUCUAGAGACCAAUCCUUGUAUUAGAAGAAAGAAAACAACAGAGUGUAGCAUUGUACUUAUUUGGUGUAGAUGUCGUCCAGUUUUGGACCAAGAAUCAUUUCUCGGAAGCAAAGAGACCUUAUCAUUGCUUUAUAGUU